CAGACCCAGGCGGGCGUGCAGCCAGGCGGGCGUGCAGCCAGGUGAGCGCAGCCCGUUGACCGGAGCGCGCGGGGCCAUCGCUGGGCACCCCUCCCUCUCCCCGCGCCGCCUCCAGCGCGAGUGACAACGCGCCCUCCAGGCUCGGGAGCGGCGGCGCCGAACAAUCCCAGGCCGGGUUCGCCUCGCCGGUGACAUCACUCCCGAAGAUACUCCCCACUCUAAGCGCCUGCCUUCGCGAGGCGUCCGUCCGUUUGUCGGUUUCCUUCCGUCCACUGCUGGAGAGGGGUCAUUGCCGGCCGGGAACAGAGGAGCGACAGGACCCGGAGAAGGAGGGAGAGCGAAGGCAGCGGGGAAAGGAGGACCCCGGCAGGCGACAAGCAUGAAAUUCAUCCCAGCGCACUACUUGCUGCCUCUCCUGCCAGCGCUGGUCCUCAGCACCAGACAGGACUAUGAAGAGCUAGAGAAGCAGCUGAAAGAAGUCUUUAAGGAGCGAAGCACCAUCCUCCGUCGGCUGACAAAGACAUCAAGAGAACUUGACGGAAUUAAAUUCAACCUUCAGACUUUGAAAAAUGAUGAGAAAUCUGCCAAAACUGAAGUUCAGAGGCUUCUGGAAAUAAGUCAGAAACAAAGAGAACAAAUGAAGUCUCUCCAGGAGGCCCUGGAAAAUCAACUUAAAGAGACAUCUGAGAAAGCAGAAAAACAACAGGCUACUAUUGCUUUUUUAAAGACUGAAAUGGAAAGAAAGACCAAAAUGAUCCGAGAUCUCCAGAAUGAGAAUAAGAGCUUGAAAAACAAACUCUUGUCAGGAAGCAAGCUAUGUGGCAUGCAUGCAGAAGAGUCAAAGAAAAUCCAAGCCCAGCUGAAGGAGCUUCGUUAUGGGAAGAAGGAUUUAUUAUUUAAGGCCCAACAGCUCACUGAUCUGGAACGGAAAUUAACUGUGGCCAAACAUGAGCUGGAGAAAGCAGCUCUUGACCGGGAGUCACAGCUGAAAGCAAUGAAGGAGACCGUGCAGCUCUGCCUGUCAGCUGUUUUCCAUAAUCAGCCUCCUCCCCGUUUGAAUCUCUUCAAGCCAAAUCCAACUCUGACGUCACUUCCACCCAGGCCAGUUGACACUAGGAUUGCAGAUGGAAGGCCAGAAAGCACGCCUCAACAAAUCACUACUGAAAGCCACGAGGGCUCUCAAGUUGAGACAACAAAGGAGGAGAAUCCGAAGAUCCUUGAGUGCAAUUCUCAAAUUCUUUUACAGGAGAACACGGCCUGUUCAAUGAAGCUGGAAGGAAAUCCCCCACCCCCAGGCAAUGACACUGCACAAUCAGAACCUGUCCCACAGGACAUGGCAGUGCCUCCUUGUCCUGAAUGUGAAGAGGGAAAUAACCUGGAAAAACAACGGAGCAGCACUGAGGGGAAGGCGACUAGAGAAAAAAAAUUACUGUAAAUACCAAGAAACUGUGUUAAAAACAUCCGUUUGCUAUCGUCUUCAUACUCUUUUUAGACCACAAGCUUGAUGGAAAUACUAAGUUUUUAAAGCAUGCAACUUUUUCACAAUUUUAUGUAACUUUUUAAAGUAGUCUACAAAUUUUCCAAAAGAUUCCAGGCCGAUUAUGAUCCUUAAGCAAUAACCUAAUUAAAGUGGAUAUCCACAGUCAUAAA